AUGUCUCCCGUUUCAGUGCAAUCGACCAUCAACACCAAUAUCCCAUGCAAGCGCAAACACGUAGAGGAAGAUACAACAUCAUCUACUAAUGACAAUGACAACUUGUUGUCCAGCAUGUCAUUGCCUGAUCUCUUGUUGCUGUUGACCAACAGCGUUACGCCCACUGUUCCUAUUCCUCAAGAUGCCGCCUCAUCCUCUGAUACCACUACUAUCUCCUCCUCGUCUCCUAUCACCAUCACCAAUGAUGUUAUGGGUGAAGAACCAUCAUCUAUUUCUUGCUUUGAUCAAGAAACGGCACCUCCUUCAUCGAUUUUGCCACCGAUGCUCGGUGAUGAUUGGUUUCUACUUGAUAACGCCUUACCACCGGUGCAUCAUGAAGCACCUGAAUCACCUUCUUGCUCAUCGGCUUCUUCUUUUUCCGCACCCUCAUCAUCACCUUCUAUCACGCCUGUACAACAACCCAUGGACAUGUUUGCCACAGCCACAAGCACAAUCACCGAGCAUCAACAACAAGAGAGCAACGAGUUCACUGUCAUGAUUAUGACCGGUCGUGUUGCACAAAAGAGCUAUGGAACCGAGAAGCGAUUUCUGUGUCCACCCCCGACUACAGUUGUCCUUGGGCCUUCACUUCCCCUUCACACAAUCCGUAUCCAAGCCGAUGGUGGACCACAGCAAUCUGGCACCCUUGAACCAGCAGCUGAAGGAUAUCUUCAAUGCAUUUCGAGACAUUUGCACAUCACCGAAAAACGCAAACAAAUCUCGGUGGCUGUGGAUGUGCCACAUCUCGGAAAGUUUACCAGCAACCCAAUCAAGGUUAUCAGUAAGCCCAGCAAGAAACGUCAAAGCAGCAUGAAGCAUCUUGAAUUGUGUGUGCAUCAUGGAUCUACCAUUGCUUUGUUUAAUCGUAUCCGCUCGCAAACUGUAUCCACCAAGUAUCUUGGCGUGGAUCCAUCAACCACCAACCAAUUAGACUUUGUGGCACGUCAAAGUGCAUGGGAUCCCUUUUUAAUCUGGGCUGUCGAUGGUGAUAAGGGCGGCGGUGGUAAAAAGGGUCAUGGUGCAUUACACUAUAACCAGCGUGUGGUCCUUCAAUGUGUAAAGACCGGCAUGAUGACUCCUGUGAUGGUGAUUCGACGACGCAAAAAUGACAUCAAGGAACAACAACAUGAUGACCCCGUGUCCCAACUUCAUCGUAUUGCCCUUGAAGUAGCCGACCAACCUUCCCAUUAUCUCGCAUGCAUCAACGACAAGGUCAUUACAAAUGCUCACAUGGAAGCUACCGAUGACCAAGCUAUUUGGACCAUUAUUGGCACGGAUUGCACCACCUAUCGUUUUCGCACCACACCCUCCUCAUUGCCAAGUGAAGUCGUAACACCCUUUCCUCAAGUACAAAGCAUCGAGCAAAAUGACAAUGAUAACACAAUCACUUUGCAUGGUCAACAUCUCGGACCCCAUUUGCAGGUGGCACUUGCCGAUUGCAUAAUCCUGCAGCAAAUCUCCCCAGCUACACCCAAUGAAAUCAAAUGCCGUCUCCCAUCCUCCUCAUCACUCGAUACCAUGGCGUCUUUGGUCGUCCAAGAAGAACAAGACGGGAUGAAAAAGUGGCCCAUUGCGUUGAUCCGCCAGGCUGAUGGUACACUUUAUCGCACAUCCCAUUUCUGUACAUUGUAA